UGUUAUAAUAUUCGAAUUGAAAGUUGUUGCAUUUUCUUCUCUCUCUCAUUUUUUAUUCAUCGUCAAUUCAAAUCGCCGUCACCGUCGGCUCCUCCGAUCACCUAUCUCCGGUCGCAAAAUACACAAUUGUAAUUAUAAAUCCACAAAAGGCCUGGAGAAAGAUUGAGCGGAGGGGUGGAGGUGAGGGUUGUGGAAAUAAGGAGAACAAGGAUGAUAACGCGAUCGAAUCUUGCGGAGCAGCUGAAGGAGUAUCAGAUUCGAUCCAAACAUGAUUGGGCAACUGUCUCUUUCUUUUCUUCCACCUCCAAUCUCAACUCCUCUAGGGUGGAUGUUGCAAUAUUUGUGAUAUGGGAACUUUUCACAUUAGCAUUCCUUGUUUUCUCGGCCGUUUCCUUAUAUUUUAGGCAUUUGAAGCUUGCUAUAAUUUUGUUAUGUAUUACCCUGCUAUUACUCUUGUGCAUGAGAAUUGCAAAGCACGUAAGACUUGCCAGGAAGAAGAAGCGAAGGAUGCUUCUUCCAUUAUCUAUGUAGAAGCCAAUAAAGGAGAAACUUUUACCCGCGAAUCAAGUUUGUCUUGUAGAUUAUGAAAUUUUAUUAACAUCGAGAUUCUAGAUCCAUUUUCUUGGGGUACAUGUAAUUCUCACUUAAAGCUAGCUGAUCAUUAUCAGGUGUGCUUAUUCAUCCAUAAAUUUUGAUUUUGAUUUUGAUUUU